UAUCGACAAAAUGGCGCAUUGUCAUUGACAUAUUGUGAUUCAGACAAAAACAAGUCAUUUUUGUCCCAAUUUUGUGCUAACGUGCCGAAAUUCGGUGUUUUUUCGCGUUUGCUCGACUUUGUCAUCAUGUAGGACGUGCGGGAGUUGGUUAUAUGAACAUUUUUUACCACCUUUGAUAAGUGCUAUUUUGAGGGAAAAAUGGAAAGUAUUGGCGAUUACGAGUACAAUACUAAGGACAUAAUCGGUCAUGGGGCCUUUGCUGUUGUUUUUAAAGGUCGAGAGAAGAAGAAUCCGUCGAACACUGUUGCUAUAAAAUGUAUAACUAAGAAGAAUAUAGCGAAACAGAGCUUAUUGGGGAAGGAGAUUAAGAUUUUGCAGGAGCUGACUGAACUGCACCACGAGAAUGUUGUGGCCUUGUUUGACUGCAAGGAGUCCCCCAAUAAUGUCUACUUAGUAAUGGAGUAUUGUAAGGGGGGCGACUUGGCCGACUACCUCGCCGCCAAAGGCACCCUCAGCGAGGACACAAUCCGCCUGUUUCUAAUCCAAUUAGCUGGCGCGAUGAAAGCCCUCUCGGCUAAAGGCAUCGUCCAUCGCGACCUCAAACCUCAAAAUAUCCUCAUCACUUACGACGUACCCAAUCCUCAACCGUCGCAAAUUAAACUAAAAAUCGCCGACUUUGGCUUCGCCCGGUUUCUCCAAGAAGGCGUUAUGGCGGCCACAUUAUGUGGCAGCCCCAUGUAUAUGGCCCCCGAAGUGAUCCUAGCCCUGCAAUAUGACGCCAAAGCCGAUCUUUGGAGUCUCGGAACGAUUGUUUUUCAGUGUUUGACCGGCAAAGCACCAUUUCAGGCGAAUACACCGCAAGCACUGAAACAAAUUUAUGACACUACUAUGAAUCUAGUACCCAAGAUCCCGCAUGGGACUAGUCCGGAAUUGACCGAUCUUUUGCUCGGUUUGCUGAAACGCAACGCUAAAGAAAGGAUAAAUUUCGAUCAGUUUUUUAAUCAUAAGUUUUUGAAGAGGGCUGAGACACCCAAAACGAGUCCACUACAAAAUGAUAUGCCGUUACCGAUCGGGACUCCCCCGAGUGUCACAACGGUACCAUCAAGUAGUCCUCGACCAGUCCGAGGCAACUCGAUUUCGCACCCCGAUCCGCCAGAAUCUCCAAGAUCUACAAGAACGGCUCUUAGUUCGAGUCCUGAAGAUGAUUAUGUUAUAGUUUCGAGAAACAUCCCGGACCAGUCAACUGAAAGCGUCGAUUUGGAGAAACAGUUCAAGAUGACAACGGUGAAAUCGCCACCUGCACCCUGCGUCCCGGUGGCUAGCCCCCUUAGGCCCUCAUUUCUCCCCGUCUCUGAACCUCUCCCCGUCCCCACCAUGAAGGAAGUCUACAAGGAGAUGACGAGUCAAACCGAAAAAAAAGACGAUCAUAGUCCAACCAAACCGAUUGUUAAUAGUAACGUCCCUCGUUCGCAACCGAUUAGCAUGAAACGGUCCGAAAAUCGUCCAAUACACAACGAUAUUGAUAUCAGUUCGUUAUCACCGCCGUCGGUUAAAUUCGUUAUUGGUACACCACCAGGUGGACGACGACGUUCCACUUCCGGCGGAAGUCUCUGCGAGACGCCUCCACCGACGAAUUUCUGGACACCGUCACCGGUGGCCAAAACAGCGCCGGUGAAUUCGCCCUUAAGACGGUCAGGAGGUACUUCACCGCCGAUGCAGAGUGGACCGUUGGCACGAAUGCCGAUUUUGAGUAGUCCGAAUUUAAAUAAUGAAAAUAAUAAUCCAAAUAGGUCACCAAAUAUGCCCUAUUGUACAAGGGCGGUGACUCUACCCGAAAUAUCCGAAAUUCGGAAUUAUGCAAUUUUUAAUGACAGCUAUGAGCAUCCGAUUACGUUCUUGGCGCCGGAGUUGCCCGAAGAGACGCUCCUUGAGAAGGAACACAACGAAACCUUGGCGAAAAUCAACUUCGUGUUGGCCGUUUGCAACUGCAUCCUGGAUUUGGCGGCGGUCCGUUCGACACCCAUCGGUGCCCUUCACGACUCCGUUCAACUCCAAUCCCAAAUCCAAAACGAACUGAUGAAAAGAGCCGAACGUUUUGUCCUUUUAGUCCGGGCUUUACAAUUGUUAGGUUCUGGUCUGUCUUUGGCGACCAACCAAAUGAAAUCCGGUCAAUUACGACCAAGUUCCAAAGUAAAAAACGUUAUGUCGAGUCUCAAUAGCAGAUUCAGGUCGACAUUGGCCGAAUGCAAACAAUUGAAUAGUCCUGAAGUUAUGGCCAAAGUUGCUGAUAUCACAGCCGAUAAACUACUCUACGAUCAUGCCGUGCAAAUUUGUCAAGCAGCCGCCUUGGAUGAGUUGUUUGACAAUCCGCAACAGUGUUUUGAGAGGUACCAAACGGCGCAAAUUCUCUUGCAUAGCUUGUCGCAACAAGUACCGCAACAAGAUCGCGCAUUGCUAAUUAAAUAUAAGGAAGCCGUAGAAAAACGCCUGUUUGUGCUCCAACAGCGAGGUUACAUAUAUUCGACGGAUCUCAGUCAAAUAAAUUAAUUCAAGUAAUUAUACCUAGUGUUUAAGCGUUUUCACCACUAUGUCUAAUCAUAUCGCUUGAUCUAGUUGCUGUCGUUGUAAUGACAGUUAGUUGAGUCGGGGUGUGCCGCGUGCAAUUUCAUUGGAUAAUAAAAUCCAAACAAAUGAAGCGUUACGUCGAUUUUCCUUCUUCGUUGCAUAAGACGAGUCCUCCGUGAUUUAUGAUUUGUGUUUUAAUUGUAUACAAAGUAAUUAAAUAAAAGUAAUUUAUUUGUG